AUGGAACUGAAGCAGCUUCAUCUACCUGCACUCAUAAUUACUGCCCUGCUCUCUCUACUGGAUGGUGCAGGUGUGGUUAACACAGUACUGGUGAAGCAGGGGGGCUCGGCUACGUUAAAAUGCCCCCUCACACUUCCCGUUGAAGGUUCCUCGGCUCCGAUGCAAGUGGUGGAGUGGGUGCGUCAGGGGUACGACAUUCCCAUCCUCAUCAAGUUCGGAGCCCAUUCACUACGAGUCCAUCCCAAAUAUGAAGGCCGGGUGUCCCUUUUUGGAAGUACGUCUCUGAAGAUGAAGGGUCUUGUCCUGGAGGAUAAUGGCUGGUAUGAGUGCCGCAUUCUGCAGCUGGACAAAUCCUCGGAUGAGGGACGUAAUGGGACUUGGACACUGCUGUCAGUUACAGCUCCACCCGUGUUCAGUGAAACUCCGCCCCCAGUUACAGAAGCACUGCUGGGUAAACCAGUAACGCUGAAGUGUGUCGCCCGUGGCAACCCUCUACCCACCAUCAAGUGGUAUAAAGAUGGAGUCCAAAUCAUCCAAUCCAACGGUGUAACGGUCGUGAACGGGAGUCUGAUUUUUAAAUCUGCCAGUAGAAGCACAGCGGGACAAUAUCAGUGCCGGGCCUCGAACAGCGAGGGAAAUGAGAUUCACAUCAUGCAGCUCAGAGUCAAAGGUUCUCCAGUUAUCCUAAAUCCCCCAACCGACACCGUCCUCAACAUGUCCCAGAAUGCCUUGCUGAGGUGCAAGGCCGAAGCCGACCCCCCCAACAUGACCUACGUGUGGAUGAAAGGGGAAGAAAAUGUUUACCACACAGAAUCUAUGAAGUCUCGUGUGAAGGUGAUGGUCGAUGGAACUCUGCUCAUAUCCCAUUUAAUUCCGGGGGAUUCUGGGAACUACACAUGCAUGCCUACAAACGGCCUUCCAUCACCACCCACUGCUUCAGCUGUGCUCACCGUGAGACAUCCUGCACAGGUGACCAAAAUGCCUAAGCGAAUCUUCCUUCCUACCGGCUUGAGAGGAGUCAUCUCCUGCCCUCUGGUGGCUGAACCACCAUUACUGCGUGUUGAGUGGACCAAAAAUGGCAAACCUCUGGACCCGAAUGCAUACCCAGGCUGGUCACUGACUGCAGACGGUUCCAUCAUAAUCACCACGGCUAACGACGAUGUGGUCGGUGUAUACACCUGUACUCCUUAUAACAGCUAUGGGACUAUGGGCCAAUCAGAGCGCACCAUGGUCCUCCUGCAGGACCCUCCAUCUCUAAGGAUCGCCCCUGAUAAGGAGUACAGAGAGGAGGCAGGGACGGCACUCUUCAUUCCUUGCCGGGCCAGUGGAGAUCCCCAACCCACAGUCACAUGGACCAAGUUCGGUCCGUCUGUCUCCAUCUCGGACUACUCGGUAUCAGUGGACGGUUCUCUGUUGCUGAGCCCUCUGAGUAAAGAGCAUCAUGGCGAGUGGGAGUGCAGCGUGACGAACGGCGUCUCCAGCAUCACGACCACCACCAGCGUCACAGUGCUCGGUACGAGUCCUCAUGCUGUGUCCUCAGUCUCUGUCGAAGUUGGAGCGAAUCAGGCCAACGUGUCCUGGGUGCCCGGGUUCGAUGGAGGAUACGCACAAACAUUCACUGUCUGGUUGAAGUGUGUGUGUACUGAGGAUGAGCAUCAGGAAUGGCGCUUAUUUCCUAAUUCCACUUCCAGCACCAGUUUGUUGGUCACCGGUCUCCUGCCAUCCACAAAGUACCAGUUCAACGUCAUGGCUCAAAACAAGCUGGGCAGCGGUCCGUACAGUGAGCACACCACUGCCACAACAAUGGACCCAACUCCAACACCAUUCCGGCUGGAGCCUCCCACACAGCUCUCGGUUAAUCAGAGCUCAGAGGUUCUGUAUCUGCGCUGGAUGGUACCAUCACCCGAGGAGUCACCGGUCGACGGUUUCAUCCUCCAGUCCCGUCAGGAAGAGGGGAAGUGGUCGAAUUUGGAUGAGGACAUUAGUGUGGAUAAGAGUGAAGUACUCGUUCAAGGAUUACAAAAAAACUGUAACUAUGAGUUAAGACUUCUGUCUCGCCGUGGGGAGCAGCUGAGCGUGCCCAGUCGUUCCAUCAAUGUCUCCACUCUGGUUGCAGUACUGGAUGGCCUCUCUCCUGGUUUCCGCCUACCGGAAAAUGUUCCCCUGCCUCUCUGGAUCGGGGUUAUGGCUGGUAUGGGCGUACUGUGCUUCAUUCUUCUGCUUGCUCUGGUCACAGUGUGUCUGAUUGGCCGCAGGAGAAUCUGGAGGCGCAGGAAGACGCAGGAUGACCAUCCUGAUGCAAACAUGAAAAAUGACUCCGCUCCCGAUAGCCCUGACAGCGUGCUCAAGGAGAAGCUUCUCCCACUCCGUCCGCUCUCCAGCUCCUCGUCUUCCUCAGACCACUCCUGCUUAGACAGGUCCAGCCAAAACGACGGCCAAAGAGAACACUUGCUUCCUCGUACCCAUGCCCCGUCUCAUGGUUCCGUAUGUGAGAAUCAUCUCCGAAGGUCCUCCACCAUGGACGUAAUUCAUCGGGGGCCGGACGGUCGAUUUGUGCUCGAGUCGCAAGAAGAAGACAGUGCUGAACUCCAAGACAUUCCUCAGUCGUCCAAGCCAGUUAGCAACGCCACACUUCGGAAAUCUCAGUCGCUGCGUUCCUACAGGAGCGACAGAAGAGAUCCUCCUUUCGUUGUUUCUGUGGACAUGCCCCCCUGUGGACUGGACAUCUCGGCCUCUGGAAGAACACGAACUCUGCCUAAUCGAGGUUGCUACUCGGUGUCCUUGGGACAGGAGAUCUCGGAUAGGUCAAGUUUUUGCUCGGAGAUCAGCGGUUCUGUUCUCUACGCACCAUCAGACACAUAUUCCACCAUCAAAUGUGGCGGUCCUAAUGUCAGAGCUAGCACUUUGGUUCUGCAAAUGGAGCAUGAGAGGGAACAGGGCAACCUUAGUCGCUGUCUCAGACUGGCCCGAGAAAGAGAGGAGCUUGAGCAAGAGUUGCGCAAGUGGCUCGCUUAG